GAUGUUGUGUGAAUGCACCCUCUAAACCCGUUUCUCCGCUCUUUUUUCCGGAGCUCUCUGCCGUCGCAAUGUAUUCCCGUAGAAAGCCAUGUAUGCUUCCAUUCCUCUUCCCCCACAAAGAUCUACACACAUCUAUACGGUCCCCUAUAGAAUACACCUAGCUGACCGCAUGACAGAUUCUCCUGGUCCCUCUGACAGAGUCUCUUAUUAAUUCACGGGAUCGAGAGUCCGGCGCGCAGUAUGCCGACCUGGUCACGUCCGAGGACUUUCUUGCCAGUCACAUCCUGCGAAUUACGGGUUCACCGGGUUCGUCUGCGACUCAAGAGCUUUCGUCGCUAAGGGAUCAAAAGGGCAAAGCAUGGCAGAUGGCAACGGCAAAUGGACGGACGGUCGUCAUCAAAGAGUCGGUAGUCUACAGCAACAAGGGGUUUAAGAUGGUCAACCAUGCCCAGUUGCUUAGUGACGUCCUCUAUUCCUCGCCAAACGACAGCUCCCAGCAAUGGCUCAUUUACUACAUCUCAAAGCCUCUAGUCGGCUCCUACGAACCCGGUCAGAUUGUCCAGGCUAUAGUUCCGGGUACUUUGGACAGUGUCUCACUCCGCCAUGGCUCGGGCUUGGACGCCUCCUCUACUUUUCCAGCCAACUACCAUCGCAAUGAGAUAUCCUCGUUUGGUGACCUCCUGUCAAAAUUUCCCUUGAUUGCAAAGCAGAUGAAACCCGGUCUGGACCGCCUCUUCCGCGAAUUUGGCAAAGAACUUGGCAAACCACUUCCACCACCACCAUCCGAAUCCCCUGUGGCACCAGAACGUCCAACCGAGCGGAGUGAGGUUUACUCCUCGCAACAAAAUUCCACCCACUCACUACCAUUUGGUGUCUCAGAGCAGUAUGAAGACGAAGAAGAUGUAAUGAGAAAUGCUCUGGACACCGCAGUUACCGCAGCCAUUGACAUCUUUCGUCUCGUGGACAAACAACAACUCUCACUUCUUGGUGCUACCACUGAUCUGACUGGCCCCAUGGUUGAACGUCUGAUUGAACGCUAUGUCCUGGAGCAAGUUCACGAUAAUCUACUUUUCCCUCGCCUUUGUGAGUGUCGGCAAUCUGAUGAUCUAGACCUCGACCUGCGUGUUCGCCAGAUGGAGAAUAUCGAUGUAUCCCAGGUAGGGAUACCGGUAGAAGGUGGCCAUGAGGGCAGAGAAGAUCUUAGACGCCGCAUCGCAACAGCUGUCGAGGAGUUCAGAAAGAUCUCAGAUGCAAAGUGCCCACAGGACAUGCUUGCCAUACUCCUGAAGACCGUGAAGAUUGUUACCAUAGACCAGGCAUCGGCUGCACCAGACAGCCAGAGCGAAAAGCCUUCUGUUCUCACUAUCAACGCUGAUGUGCUAGUAUCCCUGCUACUGCUAGUUGUUAUACGCUCACAUGUACGACACCUCUAUGCCAGGCUCUUAUACAUGCAACGCUUCAUCUUUGUAGAUGAUGUCGAAUCUGGAGAAUCUGGAUAUGCACUUAGUACUUUUGAAGGAGUCUUGAUAUACCUUCAAAAUGACUCCGCAGGUCUAAGAAAAGCGAGCUCGAGAAAUAAACGUCUCUGGUCGGCAACCAAGCAUGGGAAAAUUCCGGAAAUGACCGCCAUUCUACAACCGGAGCUUCGGGCAUCAAGCCCAGUCAUCGAUGAAAACGACUGUGAAAAUGAGCAACAAGAUGAGUCGAGGAGUCAAGAAGAUGAGCGCCAGCAGCCGGUAUCGAAUGGGGUGUCAAGCAACAGACAUAAGCUGUUCUUUUCAGAACCGAGCUGUGCCAUUCAAGAUGAUAUGCCAGAAACACCUAGACUAGCUCAUGUCUUCCCCUUCCAAACAUGGGAUCAACCUACAACAGCCAUGGAGCGGCCAAAGCCCCGGAAGAAGGUAUCAAUGGAUACGAGGAGCAUGUCGGAAUCAUCAACCACGUCUUUCCUUUCACGCUCUACUACAUUCGGAUCCAUAGCAGGUGGAAUAGAAGGCGAUACAUCAGUUCAGAGUUUAACUACAACCAAAGAUCCGUCUGGACAUUCGGUCCCAAUGAUGGCUGUCGAAUCUUGCCAGCCAGAAGCUCUGAUCUAUCUACUGAGUUUGAGCGAGUACUACCCUCGAGAAAGCAUUCUUCAGGAUACAAACAGCGAGGGAACCACACUACUGAGUGCCGCCGUUCAGCUUGCACAUACCGAAAUCAUUAACAUCCUCAUUGAAUACAUUCUCCAGGGAAACGAAUCUGAAGUGGCCUUGUAUCUUGCGAAGGCCGAUAAUAGGGGUCGCACCGUUGCACACUACCUCUUCAACUCCCCCGCGCUACUUUCACGCCUAGGAAAAUCUCUCCCUUGGACGCUGCGAGACCGAAACGGGCAAACGCCUUUAUUCGCCCUGUGCAGGUCUUACGAUCAUCCUGAUUACAACCCCAUGGUGAAUGAAGCAUUGACAUUAGCGACCCUGGCCCAAGGCGAUGGGAAACCGCUACGGUUGGAUGAUCAUGUUGAUGCAAAGGGGAAUACCCUCCUUCAUAUUGUCAGCGACCCGCAAAUACUACUUAGAAUACUCAGGCAGUGUGACGGAGAUCCCAAUUAUACAAACGACAGAAGAUUUACCCCGUUGAUGGUGGCUAGCAAAUACGGUCGAAUCGACCUUGUUAGAACCCUCUUUGCCGACCCUCGCGUUGAUGUCCAUCUCCGAGAAUCCCGUGGGCUCACGGCAAUAGAACUUGCCAAAGACGAUGAAAUCCGGAACCGAAUAGACGAUCUGGUUCUCUGCUCUAGCCCGCUCCCAUCCUCGCCCGAUGCGAGUAACCGUACAACAAGUGUUGUUAGAUCUCUGUUUGUUGAAGACUUUGGAAUACGGUUCAUUAUUAAAUCUGGUGCUCCUUCUCCCAGUCCGCCUUCUCCCGAUUCAAAAGCACCUCGCACGACCACAUACACAGUCACAACUUGCCGGCGCAGCCUCAACGACUUUGAAAAUCUCCUUCGAUUUCUCCGGGUAGAACACCCUGCAUCAUAUCUUCCUGAGAUGCCUCAUUUCCGAUCCCCCUUUCAAAUACCUUCAAAGCCCUCGAGGGCUGUUUUGCAUGAUAUCCAGGAACGUUUGGAUAGACUGCUGAAAGUUCUAUUGGCUCACCCAACUUUCUCGACCCACGAAUUACUUUGGGAAUUCUUCCUUGUCCCUGAGAUCCAGACGGAAAUGAUUGACCAGCGUUCCGCACGCAAGGCUACAGUCCUUGCUGAAUCGAUAAUGGAUGAUUACGAGCCUGCGUCUGCUGAAGUUAUACGAAGCACCCAACAGAUUCUAAGCCACGCCGAAGACGCAGUCCAAUCCGUCAAUGAAGGAACCCGAAACUUGAUCUGCUGCGGAUACCUAUUGCAAAAUGCAUCUACAGACUUUGCAGAUGCUCUUUUCCUCUGCAGCUCUAUGUUUUCGUCACUGCAGCCGCCUGCAAAUAUUCUUCCACAUCAAUACGUCCGAGCCUUCCACCGCUUCGUAUCCUCUUUCAACCUCUCAUCAACGGACUCCUCUCCCCUGCUACAGUUUUUAGCCGCACUCACCUCAUCCCAAAAUACCACAAAAGCAAUGCUCACUUCCCUCUCCCGGCCCAACAAUCUCAUUCUGACACUCAAUUCCGCCCAGCGGUCACUCUCCCGCGCUCGUUCCGCAGUUGCUUCCUCAUCACUACCGCGAAAGUUUAACUUCUCUGUGCUUGAAGAAUCUCGCCAACGCUCUAUCCGUGAACAAGAGAGCAAGAUUGCCACUCUGACGACUGAGAUUGAGGAAGUCAGAAAAGAAUUUUUGUGGAACAAGGAAGUUGUCGUUGGCGAACUUGCUGGAUGGAGUUCUUGGAGAGAGCAAACUGGAAGAAAGGCCAUUCGAGACUUUGUCAAGACAACACUCAUACGAGAGAAAGAACGCGGUAAACGCAUGGAACGGUGUUUACGGAUGAUCAAAGGCUAGAUACUGGAUUGCGCUUCUAUGGAUCCCUCAUAUCUCAUCUUCUGUUUUUUCCUGGAAAUAUAUCCCCCUUGCUUCCCCCUUUUUACGCACCAUUCAAAUCUUCUUUGCUGUUCUUGAGUAAAUAAAAGGUGACAUUACCUGCAACUUAGCUGGUUAAGCCGCAAUAUUUCUUUUUUCUUUUUAACGGCGGCUAAUUCUACAGCGUUCGUCUUUUGUCUUAUCUCCUGUAUGACUAUACCUCGUUUUCGUUCUCAGAUACUUCUCCUAAUAAGAGAUUUCUAACACUGCGCCAUGGUUGUGGGCCAGGUGCGGGAAGAUGAUUCACUUCGGUAUAUCAGUGGAGCUCAGUGUCUCAAAUCUACCUGGUGUAUCCUAGUUGUUUAAUUUAUUUCAUGGUAUACUGGGCUUGUAGAAAAGGCGAAACAUAUAUUCAAACAGAAAACCGUAGAAUUAACCCUUUAUUUAUCAUUCAUCUACAACCAGUCCUCAUCUGGGUAUAGGGAUCCAACUAUCAUCAGUAUCUAAUUGAUAAGAAAAGUGACUAC